AUGUCCUCCCCAACCGACCCCCACUCCACCAGCAUCACCAACAACACACCCGAAGCUCACAAAGCCCGCGCUAACUCCGACAUAAUCAACCUCUUCAAAACCCCUCCUACCUCAACCACCAAUCCCUCCAUCAAAGGCAUAGGACUCUACACCCACAUCGCCGCCCCCACCAACCCCAAUUCAGAAGAAACACCCCCACACCCAAUCUUCCUCCCUACUCCCCAAUCCCCCACCGGAAAAGCCCCUUCAACCCCAACAUUACCAGAAGAAAUCCGCACUCUAUGUUCAGACCUACGCGACUUGAUCCGCGACGAAGAAGCAGCGCUAGCAACCCGCGAUCUCAGUCUUGAGGAACUUACGGAACGCUAUGCUGGACUGCCUGACCCGAGUGACGAGACGGUGCUGGUGUUGCGUGAGAGGCCGGAUGUGGUGAUGCAAGAGGAUGGGUUAGGUCGACAGAGUAUGGAGAGGGAGGUUGUGGUGCAGAGUGGGAGUCGUCGGACAUCGGUUGAUGGAGUGGGGGCUGCGGUGGCUGGGGGUAGGGAAGAUGUGAGUAUGCGGGGCGUGGAGGAGGAGUCGGCGAGGAGACUUCCGUCUGGUACGCAUAUUUAUCGGGAGGAUCCGAGGAGGAAGAGGUGA